CCCUAAGCUUUUUGUUUUGGCUGAAUAUUUCCUAAGCGUUAGCAUAUCCAUCUUUCAAAGUGGUUGGAGAAUUUGCAGGGUUCUGAAUAGACAAGGCUAAAGAAAGGGGGAAAGAAUACUGGUAAAACAAGAAAAGGGGACGUUGAAGAUCAAAAAGGUGAAUAGCAAGGAGAAUUGGAAGCAAGCGCAAUUAAUACCUCAAUUUACUUUAUUGCGCAGUUGGUGGCAAUUGUUUCCUUGUCACUUACCCACCAGUGUGUCAAGGAGAUAGGAUGGACAUAUUGACGGGAUGCACGGGCAACGUUGCAGCUGAAGCUGUAAAAUGCACAGCAAAGCCCGUCAUACGUCAUGUUGGUUAUUUGUUCCGUUUCAAGAAAAUUGUUGAUGAUCUUAUCAAAGCAAAAACAGACCUGCAAUUAGAGCAGCAAAAGGUGCAAGAGGCUAUCGAUCGAGCUGCAAUGAACAAUGAGAUUGCUGAGAAGGAUGUAGAAAGGUGGUUGAUAAAUGUGAAUCAACUCAUGGAAGAAGUACAGGAUUUGGAAAAUAAAGUACAAGUAAACUUGAGGUUCUGUAACGGCUGGUGUCCUGAAUGGAUUCGGCAAUACAAGUUAUGUAAGGAAGCCAUACAGAAGACAAAUGUUGUCAAAGAGCUCCUCCAAGAUAAGGCCAAAUUUUCUGAAUUGACCCAUCGUGCUCCGAUUCCUGGCAUUGAGAUCUUUUCAUCUAGUGAUUUCGAAGUGUUUGAAUCUAGAAAAUUGGCUUUCCAACAAAUUAUGGAGGCAUUGCAUGAUGAUAACAAUAAAAGGAUUGGACUGCAUGGAAUUGGAGGGAUUGGGAAAACAACCCUGGUGAAUGAAGUAUACAAGAAAGUCAAAGGAUUGAAUAUUUUCAAUGACAUUGUGAUGACUGUUGUGUCCCAGACUCCUGACGUUAGAAGAAUUCAAGGUGAAAUUGCAGGCUGUUUAAAUUUGAAAUUUGAGGAUGAGAGCGAUAUGGCAAGAGCAAGUCAAAUAUGCUUAAGAAUAAAGAAUGUAGAGAAGAUCCUCAUAAUCCUUGAUGAUGUUUGGAAAGAUGUCAACUUAGAAGCUAUUGGAAUUCCAUCUUGUGAUGAUCACAGGGGUUGCAAGAUGCUUUUGACUACCCGGAGUGAGCAUAUAUGCAAUUUAAUGCAUUGUCAAAGGAAGAUUCCAUUAAAUUUCUUAUUGGAGAAAGAAUCAUGGGUUUUAAUGAAAAAAACUACAGGCAUAGUUGAUGAUUACCCAGCCUUGAAUGAUGUGGUGAUAGAAGUUGUUAAAGAAUGCAAAGGUUUGCCUAUAGCAAUAAUUACUAUAGGAAAGGCUCUUAUAGGAAAAUCUCUCAAUGACUGGAAAGCAGCACUGCAUGAAUUAAGAAAGUCUAGACUUGUGGAUAUAGAAGGUGUUGAUGAAGAAAAAAAUGCUUAUGUUUGUAUAAAGUGGAGUUAUGAUCAAUUAAAAUCUAAAACCAAGUUAUGUUUUUUGUUGUGCUCUUUAUUUCCAGAAGAUUAUGAUAUUCCUAUUGAUGAAUUAACUAGAUAUGCCAUGGUGUUGGAGAAAUACGAAGAUUUUCACUCAGUUAUAGACAGAAUGAAUCAAGUACGUGCAGCAAUCAAUAGCCUUAAAGAUUCUUCUUUGCUACUAGAAAAUUUUCAAAGUGGAUAUGUGAAGAUGCAUGACAUCGUUCGUGAUGUUGGCUUGUGGAUAGCAUCAAAAGGGAGAAAUGAAUUCAAGCUAAAAGCCUGCAAUCGUUUAGAGAGAAACAUAAGCUUUGAAACAAUCACAGCAAUCUCAUUGAUGGAUUCCAAAGCCGAAAAACUUCCGAAUAAAUUGGUAUGUCCAAGACUCAACAUUUUGUUAUUUGGUGGAUUUCAAAGUUCCGAAAAUAUCUCUAUCUCAUUUUUUGAAGGGAUGAAUUAUCUCAAGGUGUUAAGACUACAUGACAUAAUCUUAUCAUCACAGUCACUCCAAUUAUUGACAAACCUUCGAAGCCUAUAUUUGAAAUUUUGCGAUUUCAGUGAUGACCUCUCUUCAUUGGGAAAGCUAAAGAGACUAGAGACUCUAAGCUUUUACGGAUGUGGGAUGGUUGCAUUGCCAAAUGAAUUAGGGGAACUGGAGAGUUUAAAAAUUUUAGAUUUGACGGCUUGUCAUACACUGAAACGGAUUCCGCCAAAUGUAAUACGAAGAUUAUCCCAAUUAGAAGCACUUACCAUUGAUUGGUUCUUCAAGAAUUGGGAAGUUGAAGGGACAACCAACAAUCUUAAUUUGUCAGAGUUGAACUCAUUACCCCACUUGGGUAUGCUCUUUAUACAAUUGAACUUGGAGAGUUUACCCCAGGGCUAUGUUUUCCCGGACUGGCAAAACUUUUUCAUAUCAAUUAACAUGUCGACCUCAGUUUAUUUCCAACCUUUUGACACUGAGGACAAUUUAUUCUGUUCUGAGUCAAAAGAAUUACAAAUAAAAAAUUUGGAUGCCUCUUCAAUGAAAGCAUUUAAGAAUUUGUUCCGUACCGUGGAACGUAUUUGGAUUGAGUCUUGUGAGACGGAAUACAUUGUUGAAACAAUUCGUGGAAAUCACACCGUUAUAUUUGCUAAUGUAGUCGAACUAUAUUUAGAGAACAUGAGCUAUUUGAGAAGAAUAUGCGAGGGUCCCAACCAGUAUGAAAUCUUCAGCAAUCUCACAAUUUUAUUCGCAAAUGAAUGCACGAGAUUGACCAGUCUCUUCUCGCCGUCCCUUGCUCGAAGUCUAAAAAAGCUGAAAGAAUUCUAUCUUUUCCGAUGCCAUGAAAUGAAGCAAAUAAUUGCAGAGGAGGGAAUGAUAUUGGAGAGUCAUAGUCAACCAAUAUGUUUCCCAAAAUUAAAGACUCUUCAGGUAAAGGAUUGCAGAAAAUUGGAACAUAUCUUUCCUAUAUCAGUUGCUCGAGGCCUUCCACAACUAGAAAGUCUAGAAUUAGAAUAUCUUCCACAAUUAAAGCAAGUAUUUGGCCAUGAAAAUGAAGGAGAUCAUGGGGAUGGAAACAACAACCUGCUAUCUAAGCUGAGCUACUUAAGAUUAAUAGACUUAGGAAAGCUUGACAGUUUGGGUGGAGGAAAUAGUUCUUCAGUUUGGCCAUCAUUGGAGCAGCUAAUCGUGGUGAACUGUCCUUUGAUGUCGUCAUUUACCGCAGAUGUGGAAGCGAAUUUGCGAGACCUCAGAAAGUUUCAAAAUUUACGGAUCUUGUAUGCGGACCGCUGCAAUGCAAUUUCAGUCGUUUUGAUCCAUGGUUUGUUAAAUUUGGAAGAAUUAGUAAUUAGAAACUGUGGAGAAUUGCAAGAGGUGUUUCAGCUUGAAGGCUAUCUUACUAGAGAAGGAGAACAACAAGAUGUGUGGCCAUCAAUGUUGAAGAAAAUGUAUCUGUACCAUUUACUUGAACUGAGGUGCAUAUGGAAUGGUCCAACCAUACUUAUAGAUAUGAACGAUCUUGAACAUUUAAUAGUGAUUGAAUGCAAGAACCUGAGAUAUGUCUUCACACCCAUCCUUGCUUCAAGCCUGCGUGCAUUGAAUUUUCUUCAAAUAGAAAGGUGUGGAGAAUUGGAGCAUCUAAUUGUUGAAGAUGAAGACAAUGGGCUCUUAUCAUAUGGUGAUCUCCAGCCUCUAUGCUUCCCUCAACUAUGUAGGGUCGUGGUCGCUGAGUGCAAUAAAUUGAAAUGCCUCUUUGAUGUGGUCGAUUGGAGUGCAGUUUCAUUUGUUAGGAUGCAAAGUUUGUUAAAUUUGGAAAAACUGGAAAUUAGGAAUUGUGAAAGAUUGCAAGAGGUGUUUAAGCUUGAAGGACUUCUUACUGGAGAAGGAGAACAACAAAAUUUGUUGCUCUCUAGGUUGAAGGAAAUGUUGUUGUACAAUUUACUUGAAUUGAGGUGCAUAUGGAAGGGUCUAACCACACUUACAAAUCUCAACUGUCUUACUAAUUUAAAAGUGAUCAAUUGCGGGAAACUGAGAUAUCUCUUCACACCCACCCUUGCUUCAAGCCUGCAGAAUUUGAAUUGUCUUGAAAUACAUAGUUGUGACGAAUUGGAGUAUCUAAUUGCUAAAGAUGAAGAAAACCGGAUCUUAUCAGAUGGUGAUCUCCAGGCUCUACACUUCCCUCAACUAUGUAAGGUCAUAGUCAAUGAGUGCAAUAAACUGAAAUUUCUCUUCCCCGUUACCAUUGUCGAUAGUCUUUUAGGACUAUCAUAUCUUGAAGUACAAGGAGCCUCUCAAUUAGUGGAAGUAUUCGCACAUGAAGAUGAAGGAGACGCCGCAAUUCAGAAAGAUGUAACGCUACCUAAACUAAACUACAUAGCACUCGAUCUUCUACCAAGCCUUGUCAACUUCUGCCCAAUGAACUAUCAUUCUAUACUGCCAAAUUUGCGAGGCUUAAUUGUGAAAAGUUGUCCGAACAUGACGACGAGUUUUACUUGUACUCCAGACAAAACUGUGCAUAUAAAUGGAGAGGUAAGCGAGUUAGAUGAGAAAGAGGAGUCCACAGGGAUCUCAGCAAUUUCUCCAGCUAAUAAGGAUAUAGCCUGGCAUGCCUCCUAUGCUGACUAAUGGGAUCGAGUGGGUUCAUGGAUGGAGGUGCUUCUUCUUUCUGGUGGUCGCUAAAGGUCUCCGUCUUCAACAUUCUCAUCUUUGUAGUAUACAACUCAUUUGCUUUGCAAUCGUCGAACUCUAAUGUCUACAAAAGUGCGUGAUUAUGCAACUUUCCUACUUCCUUUGCACUUUACGCUUUCAGCAAAACAAGCCAACAAACAAAUAAUUUUUCGACAUGUGUGCAUUUUAUUUUUUUAAUUAGACAUUGUGUGUUCUUAUUCAAUGAACAAUGCUAGAGACAAAAUAUUUUACAACUUGUUUAGGUGGUUAUAAUUUUUUUUUGAA